CUUUAGUCUUACCUUCGAACAAAUCAUUCUCAUUCUUCUUUCAAAAAAAAAAUCAUUCGCUUCUCAAAAAAAAAAAAAAAAAAAAUCAUUCUAAUUCUUUACACUCGUUACUCACUGCUUCGCUCUCCGAUCUGCCACUCCACCACCAUGAUUUCUUCUUACGAUUUUUGAAGUUCCGAAGCUAAGCCGAAACCAAACCCGACCCGAGUUGGUAGCUGAGACUCUGUGUCGUCAUUGUGAAAUGGGUAAUAUUUUUGGAGCUGUGAGGUUGGUAGAGGAAAUGGUGAAGAAAGGGUAUGAGCCUAAUGUGAUUACUUGUGGAACAAUAGUAAACGGUCUGUGUAAGAUUGGCCAGACUGGUGUGGCUAUUAGGUUGCUCAGGAAGAUGGAGAAAGGGCGUUGUGAACCCGAUGUGGUACUGUAUAGCACGAUCAUUGACAGUUUAUGUAAGGAUAGAUUUGUAACUGAGGCUUUAAACCUUUUAUCUGAAAUGAUGAGUAAAGGCAUUCAACCAAAUGUUGUCACUUACAAUUGCAUAAUUCAAGGACUAUGCAAUUUUGGCCGGGGGAGGGAGGCGGCUACUUUGUUGAACGAGAUGGCACAAAGGAAGAUCAUGCUGGAUUUGCGAACCUUUAGCAUAUUGGUGGACACACUUUGCAAAGAAGGGAUGUUGAUGGAGGCAAAAGAAGCAUUUGAAAUGAUGAUUCAAAGAGGCAUUGAUCCUGACAAAGUCACUUACACUUCUUUGAUUGAUGGUUAUUGUUUGCAAAACCAAAUGGAUGGGGCAUUUAAGACGUUUAAUAUGAUGGUUGAGAAGGGUUGUUCACCCGAUGUGUUUAGCUAUACCAUAUUGAUAAAUUGAUAUUGCAAAAAUAAAAAAAUUGAUGAGGCAAUGCGUAUCUUUCAUGAAAUGUCCAACAAGGGAGCGAUUCCUGAUGUUGUGACUUACAACACUCUUAUCGAUGGGUUUUUCAAAGAGGAGAGAUCCCAGGCUGCACUGGAGCUAUUCCAUAAAAUGCAAGCUUGUGGCCAACACCCAAAUCCCCUAACCUAUGCCAUCUUGUUAGAUGGAUUUUGUAAGAAUAGACGAAUUACUGAGGCAAUGGCAUUGUUUCGGGAGAUGGAAGAAAAAAAGUUGGACCACAAUAUUGUGUUUUACAACAUCUUGAUUGAUGGUUUCUGCAAUGUUGGGGAACUUACAACUGCAAGAGAAAUCUUUAGUGGUCUUUUUGUAAAAGGAUUGCAACCUAAUGUUCGGACUUAUACUAUAAUGAUCAAAGGAUUUUGCAAGAAUGAACUAGUUGAUGAAGCGGGUGAGCUGCUUGAGGAAAUGGAUAGCAACGGUUGUUCACCCGACCAUCGCACAUAUAACACAUUAAUCCAAGGGAUAUUGCAACAUGGUGAGACAUCAAAGGCAGUGAAAUAUCUCAAAAUGAUGGUUGACAAGGGAUUUUCGGCAAACGCAACAACUGCUGCCAUGUUUAUUGACUUGCUGUUGUCUAAUCAAGUAGAUGAAAAUAUUCAAGAGCUGCUUCCAAAGUUUGAGUGAAGGUUAUUUAGUUUCUCAAGAUCAAGAACAACUUUUAUAUUUUAACCCAUCACUAGUCAUUUGCUUCCAGUAAAAUUUAAUACUUUUUAUGAGAUGGUAUUUCUUUCCAAUUCUGUGCACUA